AUGGUGUUCGUCAAGUCUGCUCUUGUUGCUUCCGUAGCGGCCGCUGGGGUGUCUGCCUUCACUGCGCCCAACACACUUGAUGUGGCCAAUCCAGAUUCUGUCAAGGCAGUUGCUAGCAGUCUUGCUUUUGGUGCCAUGUCAUAUUAUAACGGCAAUGUUUCCAGUGAUCCAAAGAUGGUUGGUGACUUGCCAGAUCCAUACUACUGGUGGGAAGCCGGUGCCCUCUGGGGUGUCAUGAUGGAUUACUUCCACUAUACCGGCGACGCAACUUACAAUGACGUGGUCACGCAGGCCCUUACAGCCACCGUCAACACCGGCCCGAACUUUGACUUCGUGCCGCCGGAACACGCGUCCGAGGAGGGCAACGACGACCUCGGCUUCUGGGGCUUCGCCGUUAUGGCCGCUGCGGAACGAGACUUCCCCCAGACCAACAGCAGCGUGCCCUCCUGGCUCACGAUGGGCCAAAACAUUUUCAACUCGCUUGCCACACGCUGGAACUCGACGCACUGCGGCGGCGGCCUGCUGUGGCAGAUCUACGAAAGCAACCCCAAUGGCCUCAACUACAAGAACUCCGUCAGCAACGGCGGCUUCUUCCAGCUCGGCGCGAGGCUGGCCGCCGCCACGGGCGACGCGACGUACGUCGCCUGGGCCAACCUCAUCUGGGACUGGUCCGUCAACGUGGGCUUUAUCGACAGCAACCUCAAAGUUUACGACGGCGCCGACUCCCGCGACAACUGUAGCAAGACGAACUAUCUAUCCUUUACCUACUCCACCGGCAUCUACCUCUACGGCGCCGCGGUCAUGGCCAACCACACCGGGGAAGAGGUCUGGAAGGAGCGUACCAAGAAGAUGUUGGAGACUUCGCGGUCGAGCUUCUUCUCCCUCGCUGAGAACAGCACAAACAUCAUGUACGAGCCCGCUUGCGAGACGGUCAACACGUGCAACACGGAUAUGAAGUCGUUCAAGGGGUACCUGUCCCGUUUCCUCUGGAAGUCGGCCAUCGUCAUGCCCGAGCUCCUCCCCCAGGUCAAGGAGAUCCUGGUGCCGUCCGCUCUUGCCGCGGCCAAGGUUUGCGAGGCCACCGCGACGAAUGUGACGUGCGGUCAGAAGUGGUAUGUGGGCGGGAACGACGGCAGCCUAGGCCUCGGCCAGACCAUGAGCGCCCUCGAGAUCAUCCAGGGUCUCGUUGUCAGUCAGUAG